UUCAUCCCUCUCCCCUUCUUUCCCCCUGCCGUCCUUCCCCCAUGCCAUCGGCCAACUCGGAGCCACUCCGGAGCGCAGUGUGAACGCCGUCCCGCGGACGUGGGCAACGUGGGAAGGAUGCCCGAGACCGGACAGGACGCCCCCGGCAGCCAAGCGCAGCCGCCGCCUCCGCCGCAGCAGCAGCAGCCCCCUCCGUCGUCGCAACCCAAGGAGUCGCCGUUCUCCAUCAAGAACUUGCUCAAUGGGGACCACCCCAAGGCGUCUCCGAAGCAGCCCCGGGCGCUCUUCCCUCCGGCGGCCAAGGGGGCUCUGGAGGGGGCCGGCUUCGCCCUGUCGCAGAUGGGUGACCUCGCCUUCCCGAGAUUCGAGAUCCCGGCGCAGAGAUUUGCUUUGCCUGCUCACUACCUGGAGAGGUCCCCUGCCUGGUGGUAUCCUUACAGUUUGACGCCCGCCGGAGGCCACCUGCCUAGGCCAGAAGUUUCCGUGGACAAAGCCUUCCUCAGAGACUCCUCGCCGGCCUCGGUGGGCACAGACAGGGACUCCCCGGACGAGCCCUUGCUGAAGGCCGAGCGAGAGGCGAAGGAGCUGGACUCCAAGAGCCCCGACGAGAUCAUCUUGGAGGAGAGCGACUCGGAGGAGGUGAAGAAGGAGGAGAGCGGCGCCGAGGACUGGCCAAAGCGCGAGUCGGAGGCGGGCAGCCCGGAGAAGAAGCCUUGCCGCAAGAAGAAGACUCGCACCGUCUUCUCGCGCAGCCAGGUCUUCCAGCUGGAGUCCACCUUCGACAUGAAGCGCUACCUGAGCAGCUCCGAGCGCGCCGGCCUGGCCGCCUCGCUCCACCUCACCGAGACUCAGGUCAAGAUCUGGUUCCAGAACCGGCGCAACAAGUGGAAGCGGCAGCUGGCCGCCGAGCUAGAGGCGGCCAACCUCAGCCAUGCCGCGGCGCAGCGCAUUGUCCGGGUGCCCAUCCUGUACCACGAGAGCGCCGGCGCCGACGGCGGGGGCAGCGGGGGGCGGGGGCGGAGGCGGCCCGACGGCGCCAGCGCGCCUGUCAGCCAGCCCCUGCUCACCUUCCCCCACCCCGUCUACUACUCGCACCCCGUGGUCACCUCCGUGCCGCUCCUGCGGCCCGUCUGAGGACUGGGCCUAGCUCAGACGGACAGGGGACGAGUCAGGGAGGCAGGAGGAGAAUGGAGCAGGGAGGGAGGGAGGGAAGGAAGGCAUGAGAAGGGGUCAUGGAUGGAUGGAAGGAGGGUGGCUUCUUUAAGAACCGCGUUGAGGGACAGCCACCCUCUCUUGCCUCUCGCAGCCCAGGCCUCCGGGACGAAGCGUCGCCCCCCAUCACCAAGGACCAGCAGGAACCAAGCAAAGAUUUGGCUGUGUAAGUAGCGCCCGGAUGCUCUGCGCAACGCCUGGCGUGGAGAGACUCUUCCCCUUCGCGGUUCGCUCCUUCUACUUUUGGGUUGUUCAGGAGGAGGACAGAACGGUCGUGGUGAGAGCACCACAGAACUACAACCCGGGCUCUGUAGACGUAGAGAGUGGGGGCUGAUGAGAGCGCUUGGCUUUGCUCUGCUUUAAGGUGGAUUUGGCUAUUUAAAAAAUAAUAAUGGAGAAGCGUUGCGCAAAAGGAGAUCACCCUCAUGCACUGGUGGUGGUGGGGAGAAAUCACGUGUCCAGAUGGUGCCAAAUGCUGGCGGGGAGAGGAGGGGGUGCUAUGUUGCUUGGAAGCCUCCUGGCCUUAUGGCCCUGGUCCACUUUUGAAAGGGUCUGUUGGUCCUAACUGCCCGAGUCUCCAGUUCUCUGGGAUCUCUAAGGAGAAACGCGGCAAGCGCCACCGUGAACCAUUUUUGACUUGAUUAUUUAUGACACUCCUUAUUUUAUUCUGUUCCGGGUGCGUAUAUCUUUAGUUCUUUCUUUCUUUCCAGAAUAAUAAUCAUGAUAAUCAUAAUAAAAAAAGAUGUUGUGGA